CAACGCCCAUCGGUAGCCCACCUUUCGGCGGACGAGGGAUGCGCUUUCGGAGCUGGCGGGCGCGUGUCUUGUGACGACGGCCAUGCAGUCGGCCCGCAGACCGUGAAUUACGAACGUCCUUUAUCUCGUCGGCCGCCCGUUGUUUUCUUCUUUUCCACUUUCUUCUUCCUACGCUACGCUACUUUUUUAUCAUGUAGACUUCUUCUCCUCGUGCCGCUGGUUUCUCACCGUGUGGCCUUUUUCAGCACUUCCACUCUCUUUUCCCCAACUUAUACCGUUGGCCCUCGUCUGCGUCCAGGGUUCCGUAUUCACGCACACGUGUCCCCCUCACUGUUGCCCUCCCGUCCAAAGGGAGACCCAAUUCACUCGUCAACAUGGACACUCGAUGCCAAUGCGGUGCCGUUGCAUUCAAAACACCCUCCCCGUCGCCCCUGGCGCUGUAUAUAUGCCAUUGUCGCGGGUGUAAGUUGCAGACCGGCUCCGCCUUUGGCACGUCGGCCAUAUUCCCCCGGUUUGCGCUGCCGGAGAAUGAAAAUUUGAGCUGCUACUCCCGACCGACUGCCAAGGGACCUCUCUUAUACUGCUACUUUUGUCGUCAAUGCGGCACUAGACUCCUCCAUUCAACUCCUGCCCAAGAUUUUGUAUCCGUCAAGGGCGGCUGCAUCCAAGGCCUGGAUUGGUCCCAAGCCAUACAUAUCUGUACCAACAGCGCCAUGGUGCCCAUUCCUGAAGGAGCAGAAACUGCAUCAGAUGCAAGCACGCCAACCGAGUUUGUCAAACUGCAGAAUGCCAUCGACCAGCCUCCUUCACCCAGCGCAGAUGCGGAUACUAACGCAUAAGGACUCAUAUCAUUGGAAAUUCCGUUGAAUAUUGCAUUUAGUACGUCUUGGCCUUUGUUGUUUUCGGGGAGCUCACAAAGUAAAAUCAUGGCGCGGUAGACAUCGAAAAGCAUUAAAGGUAGGGGUGUUUUUCAUUUUGGGCGUGUAGCAGACUGGCAUUUUCAACUUCAACUCCCUUUUUAUAGGCGUAGAGAAUCAUAGUUUAAUUUAAUAAAAUGUCUAAACUAAUCUGGCUUCUGCGCUUUGCCGUUGGUCCUCGGCAUCUCCUCGGCUUUGUUCAUGUGCCGCCUCCGCAUCUGGCGCACUCGAGGCCGAGUGCUUCGCUGGGUCGAAAACAUACAUGGGGAAUUCCAACAAGAUGGUUCUCUUGAGAAUUGUCGGUACCUUCUCGUAUAACUGCGGUGGGAAGGGGAUAAGAAUGCUCGUGCGGUCCAGCCAGUGCUUAUAAGCCGGCCAGUUGUUGUUCUUCUCGUACCGGUCCUUUGAUUUUGGCCGCUCCGAAAGGGGCAUGCCAGAAAGGAACAUGAGAAGAAAUGUAAUGAAGAAAGGCCCUACAAUGGACGCGUAGAGUGCGUUGUAUGCCUCGUUAUUGACGUACCCGUCAGUCGCGGGCGAUACUGCAAUCAUAUAUAUACCUGCAUGUAUGAGUUAGCACUUGUUUUGCUGCCCUACUGACAACAAUUCUUACCGAAGUGAAGAAUAAUUUCACCAAAGUAGUUUGGAUGGCGGGAGACUGCAAAUAAUCCGCUGUCGCAUAUGGCGGAACGAUCGUGAGAGUUGCGGAACGCAAACUUUUGUGCAUCGCUGACCACCUCCAUAAAGAAGCCAAUCGCGAACAGAAUAAUACCGCCAAUAUCUCGGCCAGUGCCAAACUUGACUUGGUCGUAUUGUGUAAUAUUGGGCGAGUUAAGAACAGUAACUGGGAGGGACACCGUCCAGACCCAGACCAUCUGGAAGAUCCAGAAGCCAAGAAAGGAGAAGAACUCGGAGCGCAUCUCGUUGAAGCGAUCGUCAUGGCCAGUGCGCAAGAUACGGAAGAAGAGAAAGCCUGCUAGUCUUACAGACCAUACAAGCAUAAAUAUGGUGACAACGAGCUGGCGGACAUGUACAUAGCCUCCCAUUGCCAGUGUCACGAUGGCCAGAAUGGCAAAGUUGGAGCCACC